AUGGGUAAUGAUGGUGGAAGCAUCCCUACUCGCCGAGAGCUGGUGAAAGAAGCUGCGCGGAACCCAAAUACCACCCAGCUGAAGGAGACACUCCGUGAACACCUCGAACACUUCUGGACUACAUGCCCUAUAUCCCAUAAGAAGCUUCUCUCGCCUGUGGUGUCAGACGCUGUCGGAAAUCUCUACAACAAAGACGCCAUCUUACAAUAUCUUCUUCCUGGUGACGAUAGUGAAGCCAUAAGCGCAAAGGCCGACUGUGACGAAGUGCUGCAAGGAAGAGUCAAAUCGCUACGUGACGUUGUUGAGCUCAAAUUUGACGUUGAUGGGAACCCCGAUGUACCGAAUGGAGGACGGAAAGGCCGCUGGAUCUGCCCUGUCACUCAAAAAGAACUUGGCCCAAGUGUGAAGUCAGUGUAUCUUGUCCCUUGUGGACAUGUCUUCUCUGAGGGAGCCAUUCGUGAAAUGAAGUCGGAUAAGUGCUUACAAUGUAAUGAGCCAUACGAACCUUCGAAUGUUAUUCCAAUUCUUCCAACUCAGGAAUCAGAGAAAGAGCGGCUAAAAUCGCGGGUAGAGGACUUAUCCCGGCAAGGCCUUGCCCAUUCAUUAAAGAAGCUUUCUGGCUCGAGCAAAAAGCGAAAAAAGAACCGCACCGAUAUGAACGGUGAUGUCGAGGAUGGUUCCAAAGCCGAGUCCGCAACGAAUGGAAAGGUUAAAAAUGACAGCAAGACACCUACUCCAUCCUCCACUCCCGCACCAGUCGGUAUCAAGAACGCUGGAACAGCUAUAUUGACUGCCAAAGUGCUCGAGGAACAAAACGAACGUCGCAAACGUGCAAAAACGGAACGAAGUGAUGCUGUCCAGUCCCUAUUCACAUCCAAAAACAAGAAGGAGAAUGGUAAAAACGUCGACUUUAUGACCAGGGGCUACUCUAUUUCACGUUAG